AUGCUGAGGCGUGUCCACGGCCGGAUGAAGCUUGGUCAGGGUCAAAAGACAGCAUGCCGUCCACCCGCGCCCGAGCCCACUUUUCAGUGGAGCCAAUGCAACAAGCGCCCCGUGAAGCUGAUCCUUCGCGUGGGGGCCAGAGGUGCCGGCUCGGCCAAUUCGAUUGUUGGAUCAAAAGCCAUAGUGGAUCCUCCACUGGCGAUCAUGGUAGUUCUGCGGGCUGGGAUUGUGUUUGAGAGUGAUGCGCGGUCGGCGGCAUUGACCCUUCAUAAUGUGCCAUUGGCAGAGUCUGAUGGGGAGGAAAAGGGGUGGAGCUGUAGGGUGCGUGGUGAGGAUAAUGUUGGUAUGGACCAGAGCCAGGGUUGUUGUUCAUCCGAGGGUCGUAUGCAUAAUGUGGUUGCUGGUGCUGUUGGCGGUGGUGGUCAGGGCAACGAUGGUGACAUUGGCAUUGAUUCGCCUGGGGCGACAAUCUUCGUCAAGCAACCCCUGACCGGCUGGCACCAACUCUUGCCGUUUUUGCAGCAUCAGCCCAAACCCGUCUUGCCCAGACUCAUCGAUGAAUGUCCUCGCCCUACUAUGCCUCCAAAACUCAACCACCGUAAAUCUGUUCGAGGCUGUCGUAACUGCAAAAGACGUAAGGUGAAGUGCGACGAAAAGCAACCAGAAUGUAGCGCCUGUAUCCGCCACUUCGUGGUCUGCGAAUAUCCCGACCUCCAAACCAUAAUCCACAGCUAUAAGCCCCCAAGACAGCAAAGACAGUCAUCAUCGCGACCAGCCCCGCUAAGACGGACCCUCCCCUCCCCCGAAAGAGCCAACCUCAACCCCACCGACCUCCAACUAAUACACCACUACGUCACCGCCACCGCCCACACGAUGGGCCACGCGCAGCUGCCCCCCGUCCUAGCCAUUUGGCAGCUAGCCGUCCCCGAGAUGGCCUUCGAGUACCCGCCGCUGCUGCACACCAUCCUCGCCGUCGCGGCCACCCACCGCGCCGCUUUACUUCCCGACACCGCCGAUGUUGCCACGAAGCGCCUCCGCGCCGCGCACCACCUCCACAUCGACCGGGCCCUAAAGCACCACCGGGCGGAGACAGCCCGAGUCAAUCGUCCGGGCACGGUAGUCUCCGAAGCGUUAUGCAUGAACACGAUCCUGAUCUGCCUGUACGCGCUGACGCUCCGCGGAGGCAGAGCCGAUAGUGAAACUACUAAUUCAUGCACCACCUACGAGCCCCCGCUGUUAUGGCUGCACAUGUCGCGGGGCAUCCGGCUAAUGAUCGGACGGGCGUACCACGGUCUUGUCGGGGCCAAGGCGCGAAUCGCGCCGUUGUUGAUGGCCAAGCCCUUGGUGCACCGGGGCGCGGCUACGGCUGCCAUCACCUCCCGAGUCGUCGUCGCGAUCACCGUCCCCGCAUCCACGAGCCACACGAGCAACGACAACAACAAUGCCAAUAAUAUGUCCAAUGGCAGCAGCAGCGGCAGCAGCGGACUUCGACCCCUCUACUUUCUCCUGGACUGCAACCCUGACGAGGAAGGCGAAACGGCGGAGAUCCGCGCCGUCUACGACGAAUGCGUCAAAUACCUCGAGGGAAUGUACGUCGCCGUUGUGGACCGCGGGGAGGCGGGCUUCGAUCUACGGAAGCGCUUCUCCUCGUUUGGGCCGAUGACCCCCGCCCCGUUUGUUGGGCUCGUGGCGGACCGCAGGCCUCGCGCGUUGGUCAUUCUUGCGUAUCUUUUUGCGUUGGCGAAGGGGGCAGAGGAGGUGUGGUGGUUGAAGGGGAUUCCGGAGCGGGAGGUUAGGGGGAUAUAUGGUGUUUUGUCGGUGAGGUGGAAGGGGGCGAUGCUGUGGGCGGUGGAGUACGUUACGGGGGGUGGUUCGUGGGGUCUUGGGGAGAAGGGGGCGAAGGGGGCUGUGGUUGGGUAG